AGGAGAGUUCUCUGAAAUUCACAAUAUCCAUUCCUCUUGAAGAUUAUUUCCAGAGAAUUCAAAACUCGUAUCAUUUUAAUGUUUCAUUUUGCAUGAUAGUUUCAGAGGAAAUUUUUAGUACAGUCUCGAUUUUCCACAGAUGUCCAUGUAAACGACACUUUGCAGUUCAAUAAUGACACAAAGACGGGAAUCAAAACACGGUUAGUAUGACUUAAACUUGAAUAAACCUCAAUGGUGCCAUCUCCAACAGGGCUAUGUUCAGUAACACUUUCUUGCAAGCACACAAACAAUAACCACGAAGUAUUGGAUUACGUCCUUGGAUCACUUCCUAACGGAGGAAAACCGAGUCGUUUUUCCGCAUCUAACUUCAACAAACUUUCUGUUCCUUCGCUCCACAGCAGUAACACCUGUGUCCCAGCUCAUCCCAGUCCACCAUCGCGAAAUGCCUGUAAGCAAUACACGUACGGAGUGAAGGGAGAGUGUUCGAAGAUAAUUGGAAAACGCCUCAUCUAUGGCUCGCUAUCAAACCAAGAAAAAAAGGAAAAGGAAAACCUGCUGAAGACCUUUAAAAAUAUCAUUAUAACGGCAAAGGGAGGUGUACGUAACAAAGACAAUAUCUCUGAUAAAUGUCUUCAAACUGUAGAACUAGUUUAUUGUAACCACUACUUUAGAAGAUGCGACAAUACCUCCUCGAAAAUUCUUCCAGUACCGGUCUGUAGGGAGGCCUGCGAGGUUAUGGUCCAGCAGCGUUGCGAGGAAGAGUACCGCAGGGCUCGUGAAAUAAAAAAGUUAUUUGAAGGGUCAGAGGGCUUUAGCUUUGACUUGAUUAACUGCACGACGCUACCUAGAAGAAACGGGGGUACCAUCCCCGAGUGUUAUUAUCCGAGAGAACUAGAAGAAAACGUACGCAGAGAUGACUUCAGCGACGCGUGUUCCUAUGACAACGGUCAGUUAUACCGCGGAAAUAUAUCAGUGACACAGUCAGGUUACACGUGCCAGUCCUGGACUUCCCAGUGUCCUCAUCGGCACCACAGAACACCACAUAACUUCCCUGAAUUGAACAACGCCGGCAAUGCAUGCCGGAACCCUGGUGGUCAGGCCCCUCACGGCCCAUGGUGCUACACUACAAAUGCUUCAGUGCGAUGGGAAUAUUGCAACAUCUCAAUUUGUCAUCCAGGUAAGGUUAUAUAAAUUCUCGAUCGCAAUCAAGUCGA